AUGGAUGAAAACGUUAUCAAACCGGUGCUCAGACAAGCAAACGGUCGCCGCAGCUCGGUCAGAUCCAGCCUGUUGGGAGAUGUUCGUGACCUAUGGAGCACGGCCACGCUGUCCACAGCGAACGUGUCGGUAUCUGACUUCUGCGAGGACUUCGACGAAGAGGACAAAUCUUUAAGCAGGCUUCGCAAGUACAGCCAGACCAUUUCUAUUACGGAAGACCUCAACCUCACCCCAGAGGAGAUCCAGCAGCAAGCACGUUUGGAGCUGGAACGGUGUCGUGGCAUUUCCUCGGAGCCUGAGGAAGAGCACGGAGACUCUUUGGCCUCCUUCGCAACGAGUACUUCAGAGUCCAUACUCCUCUGUCUAUCAAAGCCGAACCAAGUCUACUGGAGAGAGCAGCAGAACAGGCUGCCCCUGCCUCUGAUAGAACUCAUGGAGUCUGAAGUUCUGGACAUUCUCAAGAAAGCCCUCAGUACAUAUAGGUCCACGAUUGGCAGAAGCCACUUCUUGACUAAAGAGCUGCAGGGAUACAUCGAGGGGAUCAAGAAACGCCGGAACAAGAGGCUGUACUUUGCGGAUCAGUGAACCUCCAGCUCAAGUGGCCAACGAGACGUCCGCCCCGUGUCCUUUCCGGCCCCUCGAACCCAAGCUCGACCCUAUCUGCAUGGAAUUUGAAUCCUAGAGAAAUUAAAGAGUCUAUGCAUGGUUCCAGA